CUCGGCAAAAGAUACCGCAUAUCGUAUCCCUCGGUUUCCGUCAAUUCUUCUGUCUUUCCAUACAGAUUUGGAUAGAAAUUGGCAGCAUGUUAUACUCUCUAUUGCGUCCACUGAGGACCGUCGUUAACCUGGUGCCGAACACUUAUCAAUUUAAAUCCGUCCAUGGAUAUCCUGGUCCAAUAGGGCGGUGCCUGCCGAAUUAAUCCAGUAACCUAGAAAUGAACGGAAUGGAAUUAUACGCUACCUCCGACGUCUGAUGCUCUUUGUCUUUGAUGCCGUACUGCUGUUCCUGACGUCUGUCAGGGUCCCUCUUUCACCCUAUGCGUAUUUUCAUUGAUAUACGAGGGCGAAGAUGAUGUCUCUCUCUCAAUCCCAUCUCCCAUCCUGUUCUCAACAUGCCCCCGGCUUCUAGUUACACAGCUUCCAUUGACUACACAGAACCCAAGGGGGAUCUGUCACCCCGACCGGACUCAUUGGAAGCUGGAAAAGAGAAAUUGGAGGAUGUCAUCGAUCCCUUCUUUGAGCGGAAAACCAUGCGAUGGGUGGACAUCCGGAUGCUUCCGCUUCUCGCUCUUCUUUACUCUAUCGCCCUAGUUGACCGAUUGAACAUUAGUGUUGCUAGGACGGCCGGCAUGGGCGACGCAUUGGGACUUGAUAUUGGAUCUCGUUACAGUAUCGCGACGUGCAUGUACUUCAUUCCCUACGUGCUAUUUCAAGUACCCGGCAACAUCCUUCUUCGCAAGAUCGGAGCACGCGUCUUCCUCUCUUUUAUUGUGACAGCAUGGGGUGCAGUAUGCUUAUCAAUCGGGUUCGUCAAGACCUGGGAAGUUCUUACCGCUUUACGCGUGUUGUUGGGCGCCAUGGAGGCCGGACUCUUCCCUGCUCUCGUGUACAUCAUUUCGACUUGGUACACGCGCCACGAAGUCGCAAAGAGACUCGCUGCAUUCUAUAUGAUAUCGCUAACUAUUGCCGGGUUCGCCCCUAUCCUUGCGUACUGCAUCAGUUUGCUUGACGGAAGGCGCGGUAUUGCCGGCUGGUCAUGGAUCUUUAUCAUCGAGGGCGCAUUCACGAUAUUCCUCGGCAUCAUCACGUUCCUUUAUGUCCCUGAUUUCCCGGACAAGAAUCGGUUCUUGACCCCGGAGCAGACGGCAGUGGUUCUAAGGAGGAUUGAAAUUGACCGUGGCGAUUCGGUACCGGAUGUUCUGACCCCAGCUAAGAUUUGGUUCCACCUAAAGGAUUGGUCAAUUUGGACUUACGGCAUCAUGUUGGCAUGUUCGACGGUGCCAUCGUACAUGCUAGCUUACUUCAUUUCUAUCAUCUUGGGCGGUAUGGGCUACGGAAGAAGUAUGUCCCUUCUUCUGAGCGCACCUCCAUACGGUCCAGCAUUCAUCUCUGCGCUCUUCUUUGCAUGGGUAUCGGACCGAUUCAAGCACCGGAGCUCCUUCAUCAUAAUCCAAGCGUGCAUUUGCGUUGUCGGGUGUUGCUUAACAGCGUUUUGCCAACCACAUGCCGUGCGGUACUUUGGGACUUUCCUUAUCAACAUUGGAAGUGCAGGUGCUAUCCCGUGUAUCCUUGCGUAUGGUGCCAAUAAUGUUGUAUCGCAGAGCAAACGGUCGGUGCAAACGGCGUUAACCUCUGGCUGCGCAGGUAUCGGCGGAAUCAUCGCUUCGACCGUAUUUCGGGAAAAAGAUUAUCCAAAAUAUGUCCCUGGUCUGUGGGUGACGAUCGGGACCCAAAUUGUGCUCAUUGGAGUUGUGCUGACGACAGUGAUACAUUUCUCGAGGCUGAACAGGCUGAUGAGAGAGGGUAAACUGAAAGAACCGAUCCAGGGUCAGCCAGGAUUCUAUCAUACAUUGUGAGGGAGGACAUAGAGCAUUGCAUGCAUACGCGUAAUACAAUAAGAUUCAAGGCUCAAAACGACUAAUAAUUGAUGUACUAUAUAAUGACCGACUUUGUACCUGAGACAUAAAACGCUGUCUAGCUAUAGAUUAAUAUUCAAGGGACUAUUAGUUUUUAGCUGGCCGGUGAAAUGAAAUAU